AUGGGGCUGUUCGGAAGAACAUCGGAUAGACCACCAAAAGAGCUGAUCAGUGAGUGGUCCAAGAAAGUUAGGACGGAGAUGAGAGUGAUUGACAGACAGAUUCGAGAUAUUCAGAGAGAAGAAGAAAAAGUCAAAAGAUCCAUCAAAGAUGCUGCCAAAAAGGGCCAGAAAGACGUGUGCCUGGUCCUCGCAAAGGAGCUGAUUCAGUCAAGACGGGCAGUCACGAAGCUUUACUCCUCCAAAGCCCAGAUGAACUCUGUGAUUCUCGGCAUGAAGAACCAGGGUGCUAUGCUGCGUGUAGCCGGCUCGUUGCAGAAGAGCACAGAGGUCAUGAAGGCCAUGCAGAAUCUGGUUAAAAUCCCAGAGAUCCAGGCCACCAUGAGGGAGCUGUCCAAGGAGAUGACAAAGGCUGGUAUUAUUGAAGAAAUGCUGGAGGACACAUUCGAGAGCAUGGAGGAUGGGGAGGACAUGGAGGAAGAAGCAGAGGAGGAGGUUGACAAGAUCCUCUUUGAGAUCACAGCAGGGGCCCUCGGCAAAGCGCCAAGCAAAGUCACAGACGCGCUGCCCAAUGUGGACGACAUCGGGGCCACGGCGGCGUCGGAUGAGGAGUCGGAGGAAGACAUCGAGGAGAUGCAGACGAGACUGGAGGCUCUGAGGAGCUAAACGGAACCGCCGCCGUUCUGCCUGCUUCAGUCAGGCCGCACACUCCGUCAGCAACACAGACAGUUCUGCCGCAGGAUUCCCCGCGCCGGCGUCCGCUCCGCUUCAUAUUAUAACUUUGAUUUCACAUAAUCGUGUGGGGUUAACUUUGUGCUAUGACAGUCAAGGUUUAUUUUUUUGUUUUGGUUUUUAAUAGAAACUCUGGUCUGCUCAGCCGGAGGACAGGGGUGUUUUGUUUUUUUGUCUUAUCAUCUGGGGCGACCCUUGGUCAGUCGUUAAUAUCCAAAGUCAAACAGAAGGGUUAAGAAGGUGUACAUAAUGUAAGUAUGAAAAGCCUGCUGUGCCUACAGUGCUCCGUCGUAUUCUUCUGUCCAAAGCUGAGGACUGGCUGUGGAAGGAUUUGAGUGUUUACGAUCCAAACGAGGAAUGGAGGGACUCGUGGAAUCACAUUGGAUGAGUUUUAAUCUUCUAGGAUACAUCUCUGUUAGCGAAGCUGUUCGGCUCACCAGGAAUUAGCCUCCGAAGUCUGAAACUCUACAGGUGGCGGGCUGCAGAUCUCACUUCUAACACUAGAUUUUCUUGUCAGUACAAAUGUAUGUAGUAUAUAUAUAUAAAUGUGGUUUUACAUGUUACACACACACACACACACACACACACAAAUAUGUCCCAAAUCUCUGUUUGUCAUUAACAUUCUGCUAGUUCAAUGUGUGUUUUUCAGUUACUUCUCAACUGGAUGAUGCAGAAGAAAUAAAGAAGCUGGUUGAUGUUUGGUCA